CUUAGUAGCCCGCCUCCACCUGCACACUUCAGCCCGCGAGUCAGCUUUGAUACCUUCAGCAAUCCAUCCGCCAGUGACUUCAGCUUGACGCUGAAUCGCAAGCACAGGGAGUACGCAUACACGAAGCGGUCACGGACGUUCUUAGUAGGGACGGAUACGAAUGAAUACAGUGACACAGCUCUUGAGUGGUUGAUCGACGAGCUGGUUGACGAUGGGGAUGAGAUUGUGUGUCUGCGCGUGGUGGAGAAGGACAGCAGAGAAGCGCUGAAGUGGUCUGGCGGACAAGGCGAGAAGGGUUACCGAGCAGAAGCCGAACGCUUCUUGGACGCCAUUCAGCGCAAGAACACCGAAGACAAAGCCAUCAACCUCGUCCUCGAGUUCAGCAUAGGGCGCGUGCAAGAAACUAUACAACAGAUGAUCCGGAUCUACGAACCAGCCAUGCUCGUAGUUGGGACUCGCGGGAGGAGUCUGACGGGCUACUCGAGCUUGCUGUCUUCCGGUUCAGUCAGCAAAUACUGCCUGCAGUACUCACCCGUCCCUGUCAUAGUCGUCCGACCGAGCAGCAAGCGCGAGGCGAAGAAGCGGAAACGGCUCAUGGAUCCCGCGCGCACCGGUUACCGCGAUAUCCUGGACAAGAGC